AUGCAGCUUGUGACAAUCGUUCCUCGUCAACGGCUAGAGAGACUCGACCUGCUAGGAGGUCCAACCAACGCACUAAUACCCCCAUCUCGAACCACACUCCCUCUAUGGCUUGCCCUCCUCCUCAAACGUCAGAGAAGAAUCAAUGUGAUACCACCGCCAUGGCUGGACCCCGAGAAUCUUCGUGAGAUCCUGGACUUGGAAACAACGCAUUUCCAGGACGAGUUUUCUCCCCCAGCACCACUACCACCACUUGAGGGAGAUACACUACCUUUUCCACGACACUUACUACCCGGAAGCAGGAGCAGGAAUCAGAUUCAGCCAGAUAGAGAGUUCGAUGCAGAAGGAAAGAUGUUCUACUUGUCUGAACCAUUCCUAAACUCCUGUACGGCAGAUGCUCCUCCCACAAGUCUGCCUUACCAUUGGUAUGAGUUCAGCCAUUUACUACUCGAUGCGGCCUCAGAUGAUUUGGUAAAUGCAGACUUGAUCUCGAACCUACUACGCGAUAUACGAGAAGUUAGACAAGCGAAGAUGCGACGAGGCUACAAUGCUAUCACGGAUGGUAGUGAGGGAGUCAGACUGGACGGAGUAGGCGCUAUGGAAGUCAGCGAGAGCCGUGGAUUUAUCGCGGGUGUGAUGGGCGGUCUAAAGAACAUUGGACGCAGUCGCGAACAAGCCAGAAGAGAAGCUGCCGAGGAAGAACGGGACAGCCGUAUGAGGCAGGAUGAUGAGGAAGACGAGGAUAUGACCUGA